UUAUCGGUCCCUCCAGGCCCUAAUACUUCAGUAUCUGUUCACCCACCCGUAUCUAACCAAGCUCCAGGUUUGGUUUGGAGAUCACCUAAUUAUCCGCCACAGAACCAAAGAAUUAGACAAGCCCCAAUUCGUCCUUGUUCUAUGUCAAGCAGUCCUGGGUUACCGAAUUUAGCGAGACAGCAACUUACUGAUCGUAGAGACAAAUUUCAUAGCCAUGUUGUCUCUCAACAGUUGCGCAAUGCAAGCAUUAACGUUAGUCCAAGGGACAAAAGGCACAAUGUUAGUCACAUGGGUCCCCAGUUUUUAACUAUCCGAACAGCGUUCAAAAGGGCAGGGUCAUCUGGACAGGCUUUGGCAACUGGUAGAUCGGGGUAUAAUUCAUCCAGUGCUAGUUCUGUGCCUCAAUUUGGUGGAACUCAUUCUUCAGUGGCUAGGUGGCAAGAGCUUUAUGGCAGGGUGCCUGUAGGCUCGAAUAAAUAUCUUGCUUCCUCCCAGCCCAAUGCUGGUAUACUUGGUGCUAGUUCUGUUUCUUGCCAACGUCAACUGCAUCAACUACAUAAACAGCCUGGUCUUGCGCGUGCCUCUGCAAAUUAUGUACCAACGGAACCAGAGAUACGCUCUCAGCCCAAUGCUGAGAUACGUGGUGCUAAUGCUGUUUCUUCCCAACAUCAAUUACAUGGGCAGCCUGCUCUGGUGGGUGUAUCUGCAAAUUAUGCACCAAUGGAGCCUGCGAUACCCUCUCAGCCCAGUGCUGGCAUAGCUGGUGCUAAUCCUAUUUUUGUCCAACCUCAAUUACCUAGGCAGCCUAGUCUUGUGGGUGUAUCUGCAAAUUAUGCACUGAUGGAACCUGAGAUAUCCUCCCAGCCCAGUGCUGGCAUGCUUGGUGCAAAUGCUGUUUUAUUCCAACCUCAAUUACCUAGGCAGUCUAGGUUUGUGGAUGCAUCUGCAAAUUUUGCACCAAUGGAACCUCAGAUACCCUCUCAGUCACAAGUUAGUGUAUGUGCAAAUUCGGCGUCUUCAGAAGCUCCAGCAUUCUCUCUACCCUAUGCUAAUUCAUCACCUUCUCAACCUCACUUAUCUACACUUCCUAGUGUUCUAAGUGAAUUUGAAAGUUUUAUUUCAUCUGAAAAUGCAGUAUCCUCCCAGUCAAAGGUGGGUAAUAUGUACAAUAACCCAUUAUCAUCUGAAGCCCAAAUGUUCUCUCAACUGUAUGCAGCCGGAAACUCUACUAACAAUUUGCCUCAGCAAUCUUCGGUGUCCCAGUUGUCCAAUCAUCCAGAUGAUGGAACCUCAUCUAGAAGUUCAAUCCCCUGCAAUGGCCAUUUGCCUUCCCCUGCUAGGACAGGAAGUGCCUCUGGAAGCAGGCACGAGAACACUUAUGCUUGCCAACCUAACCUAUGUAGACAGCAAAUUUCAUCAUCUGAUAGCCAAAGUACUUCCCAACAUGGAUAUCAAGGCGAAAAUGAUUUUGGUCUAAGUUUCGAAGAUUUUGACUUUGGUUGGGAAACAAAUGUUACCCAAACUAACAAUUUGGGUAAGGUAUAUAAUCCUAACCCUGCAAAGUCAACAGAGUUUUGUGACAGUUGUGCUAGUGGGAGGUAGCAGGUAGUGGCAGAAGCAGUAUUUUCACCAAGGGGAUUCAAACAAUUAUAAAGGUAAACACGCGAAAAAGAUAAGGGGAUUCAACAUCUUAUAUAUGUACAUGGUGAAAAAUAUUUGACCUUAUAUACAUAGUGUAAACGGCACUGGCUGGAUAGUAGUU